UGCAGGCAUGGAGUGGAGAUGUGGUGCUAGAUGUGGAGCCUCCAAUAAUAUCUGAGAUUACAUAAAUCCUUGCAUUUGAUUUGUUUUGAACUCUGAAGGCUAUCUGCUUAUGGGUUUUGAAGUCCGGUGGCAGGACAUCAAUGGAUGACAUAUUUACCCGGCUCUUGGAUUUGACCGCUUACCUAAGUGGUUCUCUACUUCACUUUAUCGAAGAUUUGUACUUUGGAACUUUUAAGGGAUAUUCUGGAAGGCUGUUUGCAGUUGGCUCCAUUGAGUAUUCAAGUUCUGCAAGUUAUCAUCCGGGCAGAUCUGAUUUUGGAGAAUGUUCAUCACCCAGUAAACAUAAUGCUCCCACAAAUAGAGAAACACAGAAAAGAUUGCCAAAUGCCAUUGAGCAUUUGUCUGUGUAUACAAAUACAAGUACAGAAACAGAUACAAAAAUUAGAGAAAUUCAUAGAGAUGCUCCCCUUAUUAUUAACAGCUUGACGCUUCCAUUAUGUUGUUUGAGAGUUUUUCGGAGACUAGCAUUGGCUUCUUGGAGGUAUUUUCUAGGCUAUUGCAAAUAUACGAUGGAACGAGUUAAGAGCAUCAUAUCCCGAGUGCAGACGAGUUUGCAUGGAUCGUCUGAUGAUAUAGGGUGGAUGCAGCGCACACCUGGGAUGCCUCCGGUAAAAGAUGGAACUACCAGGUUCUUGGAACUACUUGAAGAUGUCAGGAAUGGGAAACAUAUACUACCUGAUUCACUUGUGUACCUUCUUAUACCAGGCCUCUUUAGUAAUCACGGCCCCUUGUACUUUGUGGCCACCAAACGAUUCUUUUCAAAGAUGGGUCUUGCUUGCCACAUCGCCAAGAUUCACAGUGAGGCCUCGGUGGAGCACAAUGCCUGGGAGUUGAAACAUUAUAUCGAGGAGCUUUAUUGGGGAUCGGGAAAGCGUGUAAUGCUUCUUGGUCACAGUAAAGGCGGAGUUGAUGCAGCCGCAGCAUUGUCCAAAUAUUGGAAAGACUUGCAAGGGAAGGUUGCAGGAUUGGCCCUUGUGCAGUCACCGUAUGGAGGAACUCCUAUCGCUUCUGAUGUACUUCGUGAAGGCCAAAUUGCAGACAAGGAAGCAAGGAGGGUUAUGGAGCUUAUUAUUUGCAAAUUCAUUAAGGGUGAUUUUCGGGCUUUAGAAGAUCUCACAUAUGAGAAAAGAAAGGAAUUUCUUUUAAGUCACAAACUUCCUGAAGAAAUUCCACUCAUUUCUUUCCAUUCUGAAGCAAAUAUUGGUCUUAGUGUUCUUGCCUCAUUGACUCAUAUAGCCCAUGCUGAGCUCCCAUGGUUUCCGAUCCCAAAAUGCUGCGGCUUAUUCAGUGAUGAUAACGUCCAACCAUCAAGAAGAGUGCCUGUCGUGAUUCCUGUAUCAGCUGCCAUGGCCAUAACUGCACUCCAUCUCAAACUGAGGUACGGGGAAAAGAGCGAUGGACUUGUUACAUGUCGUGAUGCUGAAGUACCGGGUUCUGUGGUGAUUAGGCCUGAUAAGAAACUCGAUCAUGCUUGGAUGGUUUACUCUUCAUGGAAGAAGAAUCCUACUGGGCCUAAUUGUUGUGAAAUGUGCGAAGCUAUUUUGACCUUGCUUGUAGAGCUUGGUGAGACUAGAAAGAGAGGAUGAGAAGAGGAAAUAGUGAUCAAGAAUUGUUCAAAUUUCUCUUCUACUUGUAUGUUUCUGCACUCAUUUCCUUACAUUUUUCACUUCAAUGUGGUUGAUUGUUGAGUUUGUGCAUUA